AUGGCUUUGAGAGCUGCUGUGAGGAACAAAUGCGGCUUCGCAGGUUUUGUCUCCCAGCUGGCGUCCUGCAGUCAUCAUGGCAGAGUGUGUGUCUCCGUGGUCGUCACACAGCGGAGGAAGAACUCCACCUCACCUAAGAUCAAUGUGGAGUUCAACCAGAGCACAGGUGUUGCUGUGAUGUCUCUGCAGAAUCCUCCAGUCAACAGCCUCAGCUUAGAAUUUCUCACAGACAUCUGCAUCAGCGUGGAGAAGCUGGAGAUGGAUAAGACCUGCCGAGGCCUCAUCAUCACCUCGAGCCUCCCUAAGGUGUUCUCAGCAGGACUGGACAUCAUGGAGAUGUACGGGAAGAGUCCUGAGCGAUGUGGAGAGUUCUGGAGAGCUGUUCAGGAGAUGUGGCUCAAACUCUACGGCUCCAACAUGGUCACUAUAGCUGCUAUCAACGGUUCCAGUCCUGCAGGUGGGUGUCUCAUGUCUAUGACCUGUGACUACAGAAUAAUGGCCGACAACCCUCGUUACAGCAUCGGCCUUAAUGAGACUCAGCUGGGCAUCGUAGCACCGUUCUGGUUCAAGGACACUAUGACCAACACCGUGGGCCACCGGACCACAGAGCUGUCCCUGCAGCUGGGCCAGAUGUACAACCCUGCAGAGGCCUUGAAGAUAGGACUGGUGGACCAGCUGGUCCCUGAAGACCAGGUUCUCACUACAGCCACACAAACCAUGACCAAGUGGUUGGCCAUCCCAGACCACGCCAGACAGAUCAAGUCUAUGAUGAGGAAGCCGACCAUCGACAAACUGACGUCCAAGAGGGAGGCCGACAUCCAGAACUUCGUCAGCUUCAUCACCAAGGACUCCAUCCAGAAGUCCAUCGGCAUGUACCUGGAGAUGCUCAAAAAGAGAAAGCGCUAGAUUCACCAGAGGUAACGGGGAUUCAUCAUCAUCCAAGUGCCUCCAAUGAAGGGAUGGACGCCACCUUAAGGCGCCACCUUAAGGGGCCCACGGCGGUUUGGAGCCUCUGACGGCCCUGGAACUCCUGCCAACUUCACUGUCAUGGUUUGACUAGAUUAGAACUGAUCAUUGAAUUUAUUGUUUGUGUCAGGUUGAUUGGUGUAAUUAAAAGGAUUAACAUCA